AUGAGCCGACAGAUCCUUGCCUUUGUCCUGGCCUUCAUCGGGUUCAUGGGGACCAUCGUGAUCUGUGCCCUGCCCAUGUGGAAGGUAACAGCCUUUGUCGGAGCCAACAUUGUCACUGCCCAGGUGUUCUGGGAAGGGUUAUGGAUGAACUGUGUGAUCCAGAGCACGGGCCACAUGCAGUGUAAAGCCUACGACUCCCUCCUGGCCUUACCCCAGAACCUGCAGGCUUCCAGGGCUCUCAUCUGCGUCUCCAUUGGGGUCAGUGUACUCGCCAUCGGGCUGACUGUAGUUGGGGCACGCUGCACCAACUUCCUCCAUGACGACUGGCUGGCCAAGUCGAAGGUUGGCAUUGCGGCAGGCACGGUGUUCAUGGCAGCGGGGGUGUUGUGUGUUAUCCCUGUCAGCUGGUCCGCUCACACCAUCAUCCAGGGCUUCUACAACCCUCUGGCCACCCAGGAGAGGAGAGGGGAACUGGGGGCGUCCAUCUACGUGGGGUGGGUGUCUGGAGCUCUGCUCAUGAUCGGAGGGGGGAUGCUCUGCAGCACGUACAGGUGCUGA